AUGACUCAUACUGUGGUACUCUAUUGAGUCCUAACAUAGCAAUCAAUGGAUCAGUACAGUGUAUUGAUACAUACUGUACCAUAGAUCUGGCAGACGACUGCGAUGAAAUUUCUCUGGACCGCGACCACAGAUUAUUUAUAGCAUGCGUCAUUAGAUGAGCACGGGAAAAAAGAAGCAACAACAGUGUUUCGCACUCAUUCAUAUUUCUCAGCACAUCACGUUUUUUUUAAAUAUUUUUGUCUGUUUACACGGUGUAUACUGGUUUGGGAUUUAAAAAGGUACCUUUGCAGUUACAUGUAGCCAUUGUUAGUUUGUAUUAGCAACGUGGAAGAAAAUAUAUUCGUAGCUUCAAAACGAGAGGCCUGCUAGCUACUGUUUGCUUGUUGCAACAAGAACCAGCUACAAGAAACCCUCACGAGUUGGUCUUGUUUGAGCAGAAACGUUUUCCACAAAUUUCAGUGCUCAAUCAUCAUGGCUGAUGACUUUGACAUAGAAGCAAUGCUUGAGGCUCCAUAUCGAAAGACUUGCCUAACGAUAUCUCACCUCUACUUCCAUGAAUUCCAGUGUGAUCUGUCAAAAAAUGAAGGAUGAGAUCAAGCACAGUAGUCCAAAUGGGCACAAGGAACGCAGCAAGAAGAAAAAAAAGAGCAGGAGUCGAAGCAGAGACAGGAAGAGAAGCAAAAGCCGGGAUCACAAGAAGAGCCAUGACCACAAGCGGAGCCGCAGCCACGAACGAAAGCGGAGCCGCAGCAGGGAGAGGCGCCGGAGCAGAGAGCGCAGCGGCCGCUACAGGGACCACAAGACCACCUUCUCUGGGCCGAAAUUUAAUGGUGGUUCCAGAGGGAAGAUUGGACCCCCACCUGUCAUCAAGCUAAGCCGAAGACGUUCUAGAAGCCGAAGCCCUUUCAAGAAAGAGAAGAGUCCUGUGAGGCAAGUGUUCCUUGGGGAGAUGACGCAAAAGACCUCAAUCAGGCAGCCAAUAGACAACCUGACUCCAGAGGAAAGGGACGCUCGCACAGUGUUCUGCAUGCAGCUGGCAGCCAGAAUCCGACCACGUGACCUGGAGGAGUUCUUCUCUGCAGUGGGAAAGGUGAGAGAUGUGCGCAUGAUCUCUGACAGAAAUUCGAGGAGGUCGAAGGGGAUUGCUUAUAUCGAGUUUGUGGAGGCCAACUCGGUGCCACUGGCUAUAGGAUUGUCUGGCCAGCGACUUCUGGGGGUGCCAAUAAUUGUUCAGGCCUCACAGGUAAUGGCUGAGAAAAACAGGGCUGCUGCCAUGGCCAACAACCUGCAGAAGGGCAACGCUGGCCCGAUGAGACUCUACGUCGGAUCCUUACACUUUAACAUCACAGAGGAGAUGCUACGAGGAAUAUUUGAGCCUUUUGGAAAGAUUGAGAGUAUUCAGCUCAUGAUGGAUAGUGAGACGGGGAGAUCCAAAGGAUAUGGCUUCAUCACUUUCUCAGACACAGAGUGUGCCAAGAAGGCUUUGGAUCAGUUGAACGGCUUUGAGCUGGCUGGCCGGCCGAUGAAGGUGGGCCAUGUGACUGAGCGCACAGACGCCUCCAACGCCAGCUCCUUCCUGGACAACGACGAGCUGGAGAGGACAGGCAUCGACCUGGGCACCACUGGGCGCCUGCAGCUCAUGGCCAGACUGGCUGAAGGCACGGGACUGCAGAUUCCCCCAGCAGCACAGCAAGCCCUGCAGAUGGGUGGGGCCAUUGCUAUUGGUGCCAUGGCCGCUGUAUCAGCUGCCAUGAAUCCUGCCAUGAAUAUGAACAUGAAUACAGCUAUGAACUUACCCUCACAGCCACUUGCUACACACUGUUUCCAGCUGUCUAACAUGUUCAACCCUCGGUCUGAAGAUAACCCAGGCUGGGAUGUUGACAUUCAGCAUGAUGUCAUUGAGGAAUGCAACAAACAUGGAGGAGUUGUGCACAUAUACGUUGACAAGAAUUCCACUGAAGGCAACGUGUAUGUGAAAUGUCCAUCCGUUCCUGCUGCCAUGGCUGCAGUAAACGCAUUACAUGGUCGAUAUUUUGCAGGUAAAAUGAUCACAGCGGCAUACGUCCCUCUCCCAACAUAUCACAACCUUUUCCCUGACUCUGUGAAGGCUACCCAGCUCCUGAUCCCUCUUGCUCACUGAUGAUCUCUCACAGCAAGACAUGAAAAACCCAGAUUGGUGGGACACUGUAUAAUAGAUUUUUUUCCCCUUCAAUUUUCUCUUAAAAAAUUUGACAUUUUACAGUCUGUGGUCGUUUUUUCAUUCCUGCAAGUUAUGGCAGUAUGUUUUUAUUUUGUUAGUAGAUGAAGUAAAAAAAAAAAUUUUUGCUUUCCAUAUGCAAAAAAUAAUCCAAGCUUUACUUGCAUAGCCACGUCCAAACAUGUGUUGGGCAUUGAGGGUGGAGUUUCAGCCAGUCUAAGAGUUCAUACAUUCUUGUGCUUGAAAGCUUUGAUGGGCAUGUUGUCCCUGAUGAAGUGUACAACUUACAGUUGAAAUCGGAAGUUUACAUACACUUAGAUUGGAGUCAUUAAAACUUGGUUUUCAACCACUCCACAAAUUUCUUGUUAACAAAUUUAAAAAAUUAUAGACCUCCACAAGUCUGGUUCAUAUUUGGGAGCAAUUUCCAAAUGCCUGAAGGUAACACGUUCAUCUGUACAAACAAUAGUACGCAAGUAUAAACACCAUUGGACCACGUAGCCAUCAUACCGCUCAGGAAGGAGACGCGUUCUGUCUCCUAGAGAUGAACGUACUUUGGUGCGAAAAGUGCAAAUCAAUCCCAGAACAACACCAAAGUACCUUGUGAAGAUGCUGGAGGAAACGGGUACAAAAAAUCCACAGUAAAACAAGUCCUAUAUCGACAUAACACGAAAGGCUGCUCAGCAGCUAGGAAGAAGCCACUGCUCCAAAACCGCCAUUAAAAGCCAGACUACGGUUUGCAACUGCACAUGGGGACAAAGAUCAUACAUUUUGGAGAAAUGUCCUCUGGUCUGAUGAAGCAAAAAUAGAACUGUUUGACCUUAACGAGUAUCGUUAAGUUUGGAAGAAAAAGGGGGAGGCUUGCAAGCCGAAGAACACCAUCCCAACUGUGAAGCACGGGGGUGGAAGCAUCAUGUUGUGGGGGUGCUUUGCUACAGGAGGGUCUUGUGCACUUCACAAAAUAGAUGGCACAAUGAUGUAGGAAAAGUAUAUGGAUAUAUUGAAGUAACAUCUCAAGACAUCAGUCAGGAAGUUAAAGCUUGGUAGCAAAUGGACAAUGACCCCAAGCAUACUUCCAAAGUUGUGGCAAAAUGGCUUCAGGACAACAAAGUAUUGGAGUGGCCAUCACAAAGCCCUGAACUCAACCCUAUAGAACAUUUGUGGGCAGAACUGAAAAAGUGUGUGUGAGCAAGGAGAACUGCAAACCUGACUCCGUUACACCAGCUCUGUCAGGAGUAAUGGGACAAAAUACACCCAACUUCUUGUGAGAAGCUUGUGGGAGGCUACCUGAAACGUUUGACCCAAGUUAAACCAUUUAAAGGCAAUGCUACCAAAUACUAAUUGAGUGUAUGUAAACUUUUCACCCACUGGGAAUGUGAUGAAAGAAAUAAAAGCUGAAAUAAAUCAUUCUCUCUACUAUUAUUCUGACAUUUCACAUUCUUAAAAUAAAGUGGUGAUCAUAACUGACCUAAAACAGGGAAUUUUUACAAGGAUUAAAUGUCAGGAAUUGUAUAAACUGAGUUUAAAUGUAUUUGGCUAUGGUGUAUGUAAACUACCAACUUCAACUGUAGAUACCCAGACAUAAGAAAAGAGGAUGUUGAAUCUUUUUGGAAAGAAAAAAUAAAAUUCAAACAUUGCC